AUGCGCUCGCCCAUCCCGCCGCUGCUGCUGCUGGCCGUGCUUCUCGGCGUGCUGAGCCGCGGGGCGGGCGGAUUCCCAACGCACCUUUUUCCGCGGGAAGAAAACGUGUUCGGCUUCCACGCCAAAGGAGAGCUCCCCCUCACCACCCGUUCCAGUGAAUGUUCUUCUUUGCACGACAAAUCCCGCGCCAAGCCGAGCUGUGUCACCGAGGUGGCUGGAAGGGAAAGCGACUCCUCUCGGCAGGAAAUAAAGGGACUCGGGCGAGGAGUGAACCCGCAGGCAGGGCCCUCUGAAGCUCAGACGAAGGUGGAGGAGGAAGGGAAGGGAUGGUCCUUUCUUGGCUCCGGGCACGCUGAUACCACCACGGCCUCCGCCACUACAGCGAAAGGGUCUCCUACGGUGGGAACGGGUGCAACAACAACAUCUUCUGGAGUGACAAAAGCCAGCGCUUCAUCCUCCCCGUCCGCUGCCACCACGCCAGGAACCAAGGUACCUCCCGCAGCGCCUUCCCUCAAGCCCACCCAAACCAGCGUGCCAACAGGGGCGUCCAGACAAACACCCACAUCGACAGAUGGACCCACCAAGGCCUCAAACGCUCCGGCGACAUCGCCCACGGGGGUCGGCACGGCGAAGACCACUGCGUCAGCCAAGAUCACCACCGCCCCCGGUCCCGUCUCUCUGCCCACCACCAGUGUAACUGCCACGCCGCCACCGCAAACACCAGGCGCCCCUUCACCCACUGAUGGUUCAAAGGAGACGACGUCAUCUCUCAGUACUUCAGCUGCGGGAGCGACAAAUAUCACUCCAGCCCCGAAGACAUCUAAAACCCCCACAGAGAAAACGACAGCGCGUUCAGCCCCGACUCAAGGAUCCAGCGCAACGACUCCCGGAGGCGUCGCUGUCAACCAGGACAGCGUCACCACGGCAAGCGGACAGUCUGCCAGCAGCUUGGGGGGAUCCGUGGCACCAACCACGGCGAGGCAAAAUACGCCAUCUGAGGUCCCACAGGCGAGCACAAGCGCAAAACCUGAAGGAACGGCCGGGGCUACAGUCCACCAAUCGCACGACAAGGGUUCCCAACCCGCAACCUUGAGCCCAGGGGCCACGGUCGUAACGACGGCUACCGAGGCCCGCCCAACCCAGGGCGGCCCACCUCCUGGUGACCAAGGCAAUCAUACGUGGCUUCUGACCCAGACUCAGUUCGUGUGUGAGGAGGCGAUCCCCUCGACAAGCCAGGCCGUCGUUCUGACUCUCAACCAGUCCACGCCGUGUGACAGUUUCAUAAAGAGCUCCCUGGAAGAACCGCUGCUCAACAUGAUCUGCAAAACUCUGAAACCCAACUUCAACCGGAGCCGAGACCACUGCCUGGUGAGGCUGGCCCCCGUCACCGGCAACCCCAACGCCUUGGCUAUCGUCGGUGCGUCUGUGCAGAUAAAUUCUGAGGCUGAUGAGCUGUUUGAAUCUCUGAAAAUAAAGGAAGGAGAAUUGAAAAAGCUUGGACUGAACGUCAGCUACGCCGGCCAGUAUGCGGAUAUCGAUAGUGAGGACCGGUUCAGUAUGCCCUUGAUCAUCACCAUCGUCUGCAUGGCGGCGUCUCUCCUCCUGGCGGCUGCCAUCUACGGCUGUUGCCACCAGCGCAUUUCUCAAAGGAAGGACCAGCAACGUCUGACGGAAGAGCUCCAAACCAUGGAGAACGGCUACCACGACAACCCCACCCUGGAGGUGAUGGAGACCUCGUCGGAGAUGCAGGAGAAAAAGGUCAACCUGAACGGGGAGCUGGGGGACAGCUGGAUCGUCCCCAUGGACAGCCUGACGAAAGAGGAUCUGGAGGAGGAAGAGGACACACAUUUAUAAUU